AUCUCAACAAAGAGCAGCCAAUCAAAUGAAGAGGAUGAUGGCCUGAUUGUUGCGUUGGAGUUCGAACUUUGUCCUGGGCGAGCAGAAUGACAAAGAUAGAGUGAGGAUUAACAGAUAUUUUGGUUAAGUCCCAUUUUUUGGCAUUUUUUUCAAGGAUAUAGACUGCGUUAGCCCUGGGUAACAGUAAUGGAGCACUAUUCAGACCAGGUUGGUGAAGGGUUAGAAUUACUCGAUUUGCUCUUUGAUAAGAAUGACGGCAUCUUACGGCAUGAGACUAUGGGACCACAAAUCGAUCAGCUUUGGCCAGUCCAAGCCCCUCAUAUGAGGAUGCCCACUCAGGGUAACGAGGACUUCUUCAGCGCACUUUUAGAUGGGUACGACUCUGUUUCUGGAUCUCCAGUUUGGUCGCCCUCUCCUAGCGACAGCGGAACCAGCGAAGAUCCUCAUUCGGAUCACAUCGAGAGUCCGCCGCCAACCGCAAGCCCUCUUUUGAAUCCUCGCAUUGUCGUAUCCCAGGCCCAACACAAUCUCGACACCAACUUUCCUUUUAAUUUCAAUGGCUGGGAGACUGGCUUCUUCCCAGACAGGGCCGGAGGGAUGCAGCGUGCAUCUGAAACACCACAGGCUCAACCGAACACUGGAUUCCCUCGAACUAUCAAGGACCUGCUGCUAUCUGGCACACCAGAGCCCGCCACAAAGGUGUCCCAGCAGUCCUACCGGGAGCUGAUUCUCACAGAGGAUGAGAAACGAUUACUUGCCAAGGAAGGACUGACUCUGCCAAAUCAGUUCCCGCUUACCAAGUACGAGGAAAGGAUUCUGAAGAAAAUCCGCCGAAAGAUCCGCAACAAGCAGUCGGCCCAAGAGAGCAGGAAGAAGAAGAAAGAAUACGUCGAUGGCCUGGAGAGCAGGAUGGCGGCAUGCAGCGCACACAGCCAGGAGCUGCAGAGGAAAGUCUUCCAGCUGGAGAAAUGCAACAUCUCCCUGAUGGAACAGCUGCGUCGGCUGCAGGCGAUGGUCAUGAAUGGAUCCAACAAAACGGCCCAGACUGGGACCUGCAUUCUGGUGCUGCUUCUGUCUUUCACCUUGAUUCUGCUGCCCAAUCUGAAGCCCUUCACAGAUACCAAGGUCAGCCAACAUGGAGACUUCAGUCCAUUGAGAGUUCAGUCACGGUCACUGCACAACCUUCAGUCUUCCCGUGUGCUGCGCGCCCUGGAGCAUCCGUUCUCCGUGUCUGAGGACUCCAAAAUGUUCCCGCGCUUCUCUAAAGAUAAACGUAUGGUGGAGAUAGCGUCACUGCUGGGAAAACUUCACAGGAGACAAGAAUCCAUCAAUUACGAUUCUGAAUCUCACAACCACAGUUUAGACCAGCGUGACGACCAUCACCAUGGAGACCCCAUCACUGGGCAUGUAGCGACAGUGACCUUGAAUCCGGGACGCGGCUCGCGGCGGAGUCCUCACGCUGAUGACAUGUGAAGGGCAGAAGGGGAUUUACCCGGGGAUUUGUCAAAACUACUUUAACAGCGCUUUUGAAGACGGGAGCCAGCCAACAGAUUGCUGGAAGCUCGUUUUUCUACUUUCUGCUGAAGUCAUUUUAAAAGACACAGUAUACAUAGCUGCUUAUUUAUAUAUUAUCAAACUAUGGAUAAAAUAACAAGUCCAGUUUUAUCUGUUGAUUUGGAAUGAUGGAAAUGCAUUCGCUCGUGUUUGAAGCUUGCCAGAAGCUGAAAGAAGAAAAGCAAUUUUGACUUUUCGUUAAAAUGCAGUGGGGUCCAAACAAAAAUGUGCACGUGUUUUAAAACAAGGCACAGUCUCGUAUUCUUUGCGAGAAUAACUGACAGACUGACUGUACAUUAUCUUGCUUGUUUAUUUAAUCCACACGCUAAAUAAACAUGGCAUAUUAAUAUGGAAUUUACAAACUUAUGCUUAAACAAAAUUGUCCACUAUAAAAAGUACAAAGCAAUCGGACUAGCAACGAAUGUUGAGGAAUGAGGAAUGUUGAAAUAAUGAAAUAAUAUUGACAUUAAUACUGCUCUGAUGUCAUUUUCACUACAAUCAAUAACUGGGAUGCAAGAUGGCGACAGUUGUGUUUGUAUAAAACAAGAGCCUGAGUGCCGAUUUUAUUUGCUCUGAUGAGUGGAAUGAGACACAGCCUUGCUAUGGGAAACAUCAAAGUCCCUUUAAAGGUUCUGUAAGUUUUUUAACUCUACUAAAGCAUAAAAAUACCAUAAUAUGUUUGCAGAUGUUUUAGAAACAUGCUAAGUUAACAUACUUGUCGAUCUGAAAAACAAUGCUACAGUCAGCUAUUCUCCUUUGAAAAUGUCUGUUCCGGGCCUGAAUGUCGGUCUCUGUUUUGGUUUGUGAAACUCAUCCACUGACCGCUUACCCAAAUGUGUUUCGGCACCUCGGGUUGCCAGUUGGCUGAAAACAGUGUAUUUCAUUUUAUUCAUCGUCAAGUGCUCUCUUUCCUGUUUGUGUAGUCAAUCUGGCAACCUGUGUGUGCAUCAAGUCUGAGGCGGCUCCAGGUGAAAAAAGAAAAAACUUGUCCAAUAUUUUGAAUUUGGACUGCAAUACCUAGUUCAACCACUCGGUGUCAAUCAUACAUACAGCACCUUUAAGUAGGCUUUUAGAUAGUCUUUGGAAAUAUCAGGCUGCUGCACCUGACCAAUUAGAGUCAAGUAGGCCUAUUCAGAGCAUUGUGUGGCCCGAUAAAAUAAACAUAAAAAUAACAGUUUGAGUGAACAGUCGAAAUAAAAAAAGAAUGAAUUUGUUUCAUUGAGUUCAAUGCAAGCAAUGAAAUCUGAAUGCCAUGGUCAAAUGUUAAAUAUUUAUUUUACUUUUAUUUUCAGAUUAAAGUUUGAAAUAAUUGAAAAUAAAUGCAUUAAAAUCCUAGAUGCAGCAUCAGAUUUUUGGACUCCACUGUAUAUAUUAUGGCUGUGAUCACUAGACGUUAGAACCAUCUGCUCUGUCAAUGUAGUACUUGGACUACAGCUGAGGUGAAUAAUAAUAAUAAUAAUAAUAAUAAUAAUAAUAAUACAAAAUCAGCUCAUUCCAAUUCAUGAAUUUUAAAUCUGGAAUCCUUCAGCAAGUUUGUCCUAAAGUGCUGCCUUGUGCUUGUCUUCUCUUUGAAGACAGUUCUGCUUUAUGGGUAUUACUCUGAAGGCUGAAGUAAUUUUUUCGGGAAUGAGAACACGUUAGUGUGCAUAAAUUGCUUUUGAUAACAAAUGUGCUUUUUCAAUAAUACGUUGUGUUGAAUUGCCUUUGUUGUUGCUUUUUCCAAUAAAUGUAAAAUAUGUCUUA